AUGCAGAACCAAAACGGUCCACCACCAGGUGGCAUGCCUCCGCCUGGAGCUAUCCCGGUGCCGCCCAUGCCACCAGGAGUGCCUCCUCUCCAGCCUGGCGUGCCGCCCACCCCGGAGCAGAUGGCUGUCAUCAGACAGUUCCAGCAGCAGAUGAACCAGAAAAUCGCCCAAGAAGCCGAGAAGGCCGGCUUGUCCGUCCCCGAGUUUGUCCAGCGCAUGCAGCAACAGCAACAGGCAAUGCGAGCCCAGAUGCUCCGACAGCAGCAGCUGCAGCAGCAACAGCAACAGCAAGCAGGCGGACCUCAGCAGCCGGGCCAGCAGCAAGGCCAGGGACAGCCCCAGGGCCCGCCUCAGCAGCGUCCUGGCGGCCAACCCCAGCCCAUCACACCGGGACCGCCUAACCCGGUCGCCAUCGCCAUGGCCAACUUCCUGCGCGGCCAGGACCUCAAGCUCCGCACUUGUAUCCUGAACGGCGAGCGCAAGGAUAUGUUCAGAGUGAAGAGAGCCCUUCGGGCGCUCGAGUCUCCAGCAUACGAGAAGGCACGUAAGAAGAACCCUGCGCUGCCCGAGAUCAAAGACCGGCCGUCCCUCGAGAAUGCCUUCAAGCUCCUGCCCAUGUCCAUGCUGGCCCUCCGAGUCGAGAAAUCCGACCCCCAUGCGGGCCACGCCCACCCUCCGAAGCGAACAAAGCGGGUCAAGGGUCUCUGGACGGUGCGCAUCGUGCCGCAACAAGAUGCUGCCGACGACAUGUACUACGUUUGGAUGUACGAGGGAAGCCAGAUCAAGCGCAAGGUCUACGCCGCCCUUGCCCUCCUGGCCAUCUUCACCAUCGUCCUCUACCCACUGUGGCCACUCAAAAUGCGCCAGGGUGUCUACUAUCUCAGUUGGGGCUUCUUGGGUCUUCUAGGACUGUUCUUCCUCAUGGCCAUCUUCCGUGUCAUUCUCUUCUGCAUCACCUACUUUGUUGUCUCGCCUGGUCUCUGGCUGUUCCCCAACCUGUGGGAGGACGUCUCGUUUUUGGACUCUUUCAAACCCGUAUGGGCCUGGCACGAGACCGAGAAGAAAAAGAAGAAGAGGUCCAAGGGGUCUGUUAGUGCGAGCUCCGUGAACCCUCAGGUAUCGUCAUCUUUUGCUGCUGCUACCGGCCAGCCAAUGCCAGCCAGUGCGACAACUACCGCAACUGAGACUCAGAUUGAAACGGGAGGUGAGAAGCAAAGGGCGAGGGCCGAAUACAUGGUUCCAAGGGUGGAAGAAGUUGGAGAUGACGAGUAG